AUGGCUGACGCCAUUUCAGGAACCUGUUCUAUUACAGGGACGGCUGGUGCCGCAGCGACCGAUGAGUCAGUUCCUGCUGCGGCGGUUCCUUCUGCACCAGGCCCAACGGCACCGUUAGGGGCUGCGGCUCCGUUAGCUACUGCGCCUGGCCCCGUUGAAGCAGCAGUUGGUAUGGCGGCGCCUGUGUUCCCUGGUCCAGUGCCUCUAACCGGAAACGUGACGGUUGGGUCAAAUGGACGGAGGAGCGUCAGCCUCCAGACGCGCUUCCUCUCCCGCGGUCAGCGGAAGGAGCUCGCCGCGCUGCGCGUCCAGCUCAGGAAAUCCGCGGCUCGCUCUGUGGUAAAAGCAGCAGCGCGCCCCCAAUUAGCGGCAGCGGCACACACAGCAGAGGCGGUGGAGAGCUUGAAGCUGGAGCCUAUCGCUGAGAUCAGCGGCACCGUCAACCUGCCCGGCUCCAAAUCCCUUUCCAACCGCCUUCUGCUGCUCGCUGCUCUUGCCAAGGGCGAGACGGUGGUGGAUAACUUGCUCGCGAGCGACGACGUGACCUACAUGCUCGCUGCUCUGCGCGCCCUGGGAGUGCCCCUUGUGGAGAUGCCUGAGAAGCGGAGGGUCAUAGUCACCGGUAGCGCAGGGGUGUUCCCCGUGGGGAGGGAGGAGGAGGGGGAGGAGGGAAAAGAGGCGGAAGUGGUGGAUCUGUUCCUGGGGAACGCGGGGACGGCUAUGCGCCCGCUUACUGCUGCUGUGGCCGUGGCUGGGGGCAACAAGAGCUACGUGCUUGACGGGGUUCCCAGGAUGCGUGAGCGGCCAAUUGGCGAUUUGGUGGCGGGGCUGCAGCAGCUGGGGUGCGACUGCGAGUGCUCUCUUGGAACCAACUGCCCGCCCGUGCGCGUGGCAGCCAAGGGGGGACUCCCUGGCGGCACGGUGAAGCUGUCAGGGGCAGUGAGCAGCCAGUACCUCACGGCCCUCCUCAUGUCGCUCCCCUUGGCGAAAGGAGACAGCUCUAUCGAGAUGAUUGACAAGCUGGUGUCCGUGCCCUAUGUGGAGAUGACUCUCCGCCUCAUGGAGAGGUUCGGUGUGAACGUCCAGACGGAGGGCAAUUGGGAGCAGUUCCUGAUUCCGGGCAACCAGACCUACAUCUCCCCCGGCCGAGCCUUUGUGGAGGGGGACGCAUCCAGCGCCAGCUAUUUCCUUGCUGGGGCUUCCAUCACUGGAGGCACCGUCACGGUGCAUGGGUGCGGGCGCAGCAGCCUGCAGGGUGAUGUGCACUUUGCGUCAGUGCUCGAGCAGAUGGGUGCUACAGUGACGUGGGCGGAGGAGAGUGUCACUGUAACGGGGCCUCCCCCAGCAGCCAAUGGGAGCAUCCGGCGGCUCAAGGGCAUCGACGUCAACAUGAACAAGAUGCCAGAUGUCGCCAUGACAUUGGCUGUCGUGGCUCUCUUUGCUGAAGGCCCCACUGCCAUCCGUGACGUGGGAACAUGGCGUGUGAAGGAGACAGAGCGAAUGAUUGCCAUUUGCACUGAACUGACCAAAUUGGGAGCACAUGUGGAGGAGGGUCCGGACUACUGCAUCAUCACACCCCCGGAGCGUGUGCUCCCCGCGGAAAUCGACACUUAUGACGAUCACCGCAUGGCCAUGUCAUUCGCCCUCGCCGCUUGCUCCGGAACCCCCGUCGUGAUCCGCGACCCUGGAUGCACGCGCAAGACCUUCCCCGACUAUUUCGACGUGCUUAAGAGCCAACGCUGUGGGACAAGUUCUGGCACCAUGCUCUUCCUCCUCUCAUGGCCGCUCCUAUCGCUGCUGGGGUACCUGUAUCCAGCAUACGCAACGUACAAGACCGUAGAGCGACGCUCGUCGGAACCAGAUGAUUUCCGCUUCUGGUGCAAGUACUGGGUGAUCAUGGCGGCAUUCCACGUCUUGGAGAGCUGCCUUUUCUUCGGCCUUAUCACCUGGCUUCCGUUCUAUGACGUCUUCAAGGUCCUCUUCUGCGUUUACCUCUGGCAUCCGCGAACGCAGGGCACUCUGUUGAUCUACCACCGUGCCAUCGUGCCUGCUUUGUCGCGCCACGAGCAAGAGAUUGACCGCAGGAUCGCGGAGGUGCAGACACGUGGCAUGGAUCUGGCCGUUGAGUACUCUCGCAUUCUCGCAUCUAAGAUCAUGUCUCUCGCCAAGGCGGGCGCCGAGGCCGCCCCUAAAGUCUACGAACGUUACCAGCAACACGCUGCCGCCCAGCCUGCUGCGUCCACAGCAUCAACCUCCUCGUAUUCUUCUGGAGAGCUGGGAGAUAAGAUCACAGGCUUGGGGGACCCGGCAGUCGCUGACACUUGGCGCGUUCCUGAUUCUGAUUUGCUCGCCGUUGCCAUGUAUCGGUCCAGCGGCUCACGCUAUGGAAGCGACUACCGAAGCGAUUACAGGGGAGGUGACUAUAGAGGAGGCGACUACAGGGGAGGCGGAGGCGGGUACCAGACUUCCGCUCGGCUUUACGUCGGUCGUCUGUCCACGCGGACUCGCACUCGCGACCUCGAGUCCCUUUUCGGGAAAUACGGAAGGAUUCGUGAUGUGGACAUGAAGCGUGACUAUGCAUUCAUUGAAUAUAGCGACUCGAGGGACGCGGAAGACGCAGCGCAUUAUCUGAACGGCAAGGAGGUGGACGGCAGCCAUAUCAUCGUGGAGUUCACUCGCAGGGGUCCGCGCGGGCAGGGCUUCGGAGGCCCUCCAGGUCCGCGCAUGGGGGGCAUGGGCAUCACGCAGGGGCGCUGCUACAACUGCGGCAAGGACGGCCACUGGGCGCGCGACUGCCGCAAUGGGGACUGGGGCGGCAAGUGCUACCGAUGUGGCGAGCGUGGGCAUAUUGAGAGGGACUGCCGGAACAGCCCAGCCCAGAGGUAUCGGUCUCGCAGCCGCAGCCGCUCACGCAGCCCUCGUCGCGGGCGUGACCGGCGCAGCCGCAGCAACAGCAAGGACAGGGACGAGCGCAGCAAGAGCCGCAGCCGCAGCAGGAGCCGCAGCCGCAGCCGCAGCAACGACCGCGAGAAGGACCGCAGCAGGAGCAGGAGCAGAAGCAACGAGCGCGGGAAGGAUCGGGAGAAUGGGAAGAAGGCCGGAAGCCACAGCCCUUCGCACAGCCGCAGCCGCAGCAGGAGCGCGAGCAAGGAGAGGAGGAACAGCCGGAGCCCUAGUGCCGAGAAGAAGGAAGAGAAGAGCCCGAGGCGGAGCAGGAGUGCGAGCAAGGAGAGGAGCAAGAGCAGGAGUAAGAGCCCUGCUAGGAGUGCUAGCCCUGCCAGGAGGAGUGCUAGCCCUCGUGAUGGUGGUGAUGGUGGUUCGCCUAAGAGGUCCCCGAUGCAGGAUGCAGAUGGGGAGAGGAGCCCUGAGAGGAAGGCAGAUGAUGCGGGAAAGGGUGUGGAUGAGUAG